UAAUCUACCCGCGCCGGAUGUAUUGUGUUCUUCAAUCUCUGGGUGGAAUCUGAGAAGACGCGCGAAGGGUCUCUGCUCACCCGCUUUGCUGGGCAGAGCAGCCCCCUUUGCGCACCCUGGCUUUCCCACCGCGGGUCUUUUGUUUCCCCCAGCCCCCCCGCCUUCCCAGAUAGCGUGUGUUCCCACUGUUCUGACUAGAGAGAUCUUUGUUCUGCUCCCGGUACUUUUCCUUCCCUCGCCCUCUUCGCUUAUCCCGCCCUUCUCUGCUGGUACUUUUCCACUCGCCUGGCUGAAUCAGCCGCGCUGAGCAGCAGCUUCGACGGCAGCGACUCACGUGACCCACUUCGGGAGACUACUGCAGUAUUGACGUUUCCCCUUUACCUUCGCAGACUAGGCAGGACCCGCCGCCGCCAAGGACAAAAGAUCACGAGGACCCCGGGCGGCCGCUCCCAGCCCAAAUAAAAUAAUUCCUUGGCUUGGUUGACCCGCUCCCCAAAAAGGCACCCUGGAUCCCAGCGUGACCAAAGCUGAAAUGAGCAAGCUCAACAGCACCCGCGAGGAGGACAGCAGCAGUUACAGCUCCAACAGCAACGACUUCAGCUAUCACUACCCCAUCAAAUCAGCUGCUGUGAAAAGCCAUUACGUAGAUGUGGAUCCAGAAAACCAAAACUUUUUACUUGAAUCCAAUCCAGGGAAGAAGAAAUAUGAAACUGAAUAUCAUCCAGGUACAACUUCCUUUGGAAUGUCAGUAUUUAAUCUGAGCAAUGCUAUUGUGGGCAGUGGAAUCCUUGGACUUUCUUAUGCCAUGGCAAACACAGGAAUUGCUCUCUUUCUAAUUCUCUUAGUCUUCGUGUCAAUAUUUUCUCUGUAUUCUGUUCACCUUCUCUUGAAGACUUCCAAUGAAGGAGGAUCUCUAUUAUAUGAACAACUGGGAAUGAAAGCAUUUGGCAUGCCUGGAAAACUUGCAGCAUCUGGAUCAAUUACAAUGCAGAACAUUGGAGCUAUGUCAAGCUACCUCUACAUAGUGAAAUAUGAGUUACCAUUGGUCAUCAAGGCAUUUAUGAACAUUGGAGAGCAUUCAGGAGAAUGGUAUUGGUAUACCAAUGGUGACUAUUUGGUUAUAUUAGUAUCCUUGGUGCUCAUUCUUCCUUUGUCACUGUUGAAAAAUUUAGGUUAUCUAGGCUACACCAGUGGAUUUUCCUUACUGUGCAUGGUCUUCUUCCUUAUUGUGGUCAUUUGCAAGAAAUUUCAAAUACCUUGUGGAGUGGAACAUGAUCUAAUUAACACAACUCUGAACCUUACUGUAGAACAACUAUUGACUGCAAAGGAAAUAAAUGUUAAUGUGACUUGUGAUUCCUGCGUACCAAAAUAUUUUAUCUUCAACUCUAAGACUGUCUAUGCAGUACCGAUCCUAACAUUUUCCUUUGUCUGCCAUCCUGCUAUUCUGCCUAUUUAUGAAGAACUGAAAGACCGAACUCGUAGAAGAAUGAUGAAAGUAUCCAAUGUUUCAUUUUUUGCUAUGUUCCUCAUGUACCUUUUGGCUGCUCUCUUUGGAUACCUGACAUUUUAUGGAAAUGUUGAAGCCGAGUUGCUUCAUACAUAUUCAGCAGUGCUUGGGGCUGAUAAUCUCCUUCUGAUUGUGCGCUUGGCAGUCCUGAUGGCUGUCAUUCUUACUGUUCCAGUUGUGAUUUUUCCAAUCCGCAGUUCCAUCACACAAUUGCUAUGUGCAGGCAAAGAAUUUAGUUGGUUGCGUCAUUGUGCUAUUACAGGAGCCAUUUUGGUAUUCACCAAUAUUCUCGUCAUUUUUGUUCCCACAAUUCGAGACAUAUUUGGAUUCAUUGGUGCUUCUGCUGCUGCCAUGCUAAUCUUUAUACUUCCAUCAGCUUUCUACAUUAAGCUCGUGAAAAAAGAAUCAAUGCGAUCCGUACAAAAAAUUGGGGCUCUCCUGUUCCUGGUAAGCGGCAUAAUUGUGAUGAUUGGAAGUAUGACCUUAAUCAUUGUGGAUUGGAUCAACAAUUAACCUACCUGCUAAAUACACAAGUCUUCAUUCUGCCAUCUUCUGGGAGAAGAAACUUCUGCCUAUGUUUGCAGCUCUGCAUCCUUUGAUGCUGGUUCUUCUAACUGUAGAACAGAUGGACUUUAAAGAAAGGAAAGCAGAAGAAACUAUUCUACACAACGAGAAUAGAUGCAAAUAUCAAGCCAGCUGAAUCUUUGGCUGAGUGAAAUGACAUUUUUUUUUAUUCCAUUCCAGGGAAUGGACAGCGCUCUCUGUAAAAUUUUAUCAAGCCAUGUUGGGCUUUUGACAUUGUUACUUGGAUUCUUUAUUAUUUACUUGAAUGUGCCUAAUGGAAACAAUUGAUGUGAGAAGUAAGUUAGUUUACAGCAGGUUGCUAAGCUAGCCAUUAAAAGCAAGGGAAAAAAACAGUUAUUAUUUUUAUACCAAAUAACUAUGGACUCAAAACACUAUUUUGACUUUUAAGAAAACAUUUUAUAAGUUAAGGAUCCAAAUAAGGGUAAGAAAAAAAUCAGAAUACUGUUUAAUCAGUGUCCUAAAUUCAACAAGUUUUGCCUGUCUAUAGAGGCAUGUUCUUAAAUUAUAUUUUUGGCCUCAAUAAACUUAUUUUUUAAACCUACUAAAACUAAUGACUAAUUGAUUGACUACUUUGAAAAAAUAGAACUAUAAUUAAGCUCCAGAUGUAAUGUUAGUUAUUCUAAAACUAAAACCAAACAAAUAUUUGUUAAGAAGUCCCAAUUAUAAUAUGUUUAAUCCAGUUAACAUAAAUUACCACACUGUAUUUCAAGGAAUUUGUAAUUACUUACAAAUUAAAUUUUUUAAAAAACAUAACAUCAGAAUGGAUGAUAUAUUAAUUUAUGGCAUCCAGUCUUAUUAGAGCUCUAUUCAGGCAACUCUUGAAAUUAAUAAGAAUUUUAUAGAAGCAUUAUUUGGCAAAUUACUGGCCCAUUCAUAAAAUACAAUCUUGGCAUUUUUCUUCUUGAGGUACUCAAUAGUGCAAUUAUAGAAAAUAAAAACAUUUUUGUACUAUUUUUUUUUUCCAUUUGGUCUUACUUACCAAAGCACAGUAAAUUGUUAAAUAAUGUGUUGUUCCUAGCAAAGGAUCUUGCAACAAUCUGGCUUUUUAGUAUAGAAAACAAAUAAUAUUGAAGUCAUACUAUAGUUUACUAGAGGUCAAGUAGACACAGAUUGUGUGGUACUUUUCAGAUGCAUGUUUUCAUUCAUUAUUAAUAUUUUAUAUUAUGUAACAUAAUUACACCAGACUUUGGUGGAUAUGACAACAUUCUCUUCAUAAAAUAACUGGAUUCCUUAAUGCAGCUUUUUAAUGCAAAAAACCUUGACUAAACUGUCAUCUCAUACACACACACGUAUAUGUAUAAACAUAUAUGUACACACACACACACACACACAUGUUGCUAAAAUAAACAUACCUCAGUAUUAUUGGGACAGUGGGUAACACCCAGAGGUCAUGUACAGUAGAUAUCCAGAGCAUGAUCCUUCCUUGACUGGACAACAGAUGCUAUAGAAUGUAAGCAUUCAGAGAAUGGGCGAUCUGGGCACAUCUUCCAAACCCUGUCCAUUUCCCAUUCAUCACAUCAGUCUGGAAACACAAGAAGAGCUGAACAUUGAUACAGGGAAUACAUACAUACAUACUUCCCAUUUCUAUUAUUAACUUGCAAAGAUAUUUAAUGAAUUUUGCCAAGUGGGAUAGAGGGUAAACUCCUCUAUUACACUCUG